UUUUUGCAGUUUACGAAUUUUAAGUGUAACACGCUGACAUUUUGCUGCAGUUCAAGCUGACACCUGUUUUAUCAUCAACUAGGGAAUGGGCGAUUCUAGUGCAGGGUCAGUUUUGAACUCGGUGACUGAACAGCUGCUGAAAGAAGUUGAACAUUCGUACAAGUCAGCAGGCAAAUUAACGGAUGAAAUUCUCUCUGCAUUACAGUUUGUGUUCCAAACCACCCUACUUCCAGCCCUGGAUUUGGUUGAUCAACGCAAUGUGACUCGGAUCUCAUCUCCUAGUGGACGUAUCGUUUAUCAGGUGGUAGGAAGUUCAGGGACACCGUACACAUGUCUGACCACCAGUACCUACUGUUCGUGUCCAGCUUACAGAUACUCAGUACUGCUGAAGCAGGAUCACAUCAUGUGUAAACACACUUUAGCCAUCAGAUUGGCAAUUGCUAUGGAUCUGUGUAAGGAGUUACAAGUCUCUAAUCAGGAAUUGGUCAAGGUCAUCACUAACAUUGAUUGACCACAUACAACACAGGAAAUGGUCAAGUUCAUUAGCAACAUUGAUUGACCACAGGCACAAGAGAGCAUGUCAAGGUCAUCACCAGCAUAGAUUGACCACAGCCACAAGAGAGCAUGUCAAGGUCAUCACCAGCAUUGAUUGACCACAGCCACAAGAGAGCAUGUCAAGGUCAUCACCAGCAUUGAUUGACUUCAGCCACAACAGUGCAUGUAAAGGUCAUCACCAGCAUUGAUUGACCACAGCCACAACAGUGCAUGUCAAGGACAUCACCAGCAUAGAUUGACCACAGCCACAACAGUGCAUGUCAAGGACAUCACCAGCAUUGAUUGACCACAGCCACAACAGUGCAUGUCAAGGACAUCACCAGCAUAGAUUGACCACAGCCACAAGAGAGCAUGUCGAGGUCAUAACUAGCAUAGAUUGACCACAGCCACAAGAGAGCAUGUUAAGGUGAUCAUCAGCAUUGAUUGACCACAGCCACAACAGUGCAUGUUAAGGUCGUCACCAGCAUUGAUUGACCACAGCCACAACAGUGCAUGUCAAGGUCAUCACCAGCAUUGAUUGACCACAGCCACAACAGUGCAUGUUAAGGUCAUCACCAGCAUAGAUUGAUUGACCACAGCUACAAGAGAGCAUGUUGAGGUCAUCACCAGCAUAGAUUGACCACAGCCACAUCAGUAGAUAGUUAUGGUUAUAGCUGACUUUGACAGAUUACGUUUACACCUCGAAAUAGUACAUGAUCUAGUUAACUGAUGGACAUGUAUAAAAGUGAGAUGAGAACAACAAUGUAUACACAAAGAUUGUAAUAAAUGUAAUUUUUUUGUAAGAUAAUAAUUAUCUUAUCUUUUAUAUAUGAAUGAUUUUCUAAUUAUCUUGGUGUGCAAUUAUUGUGUUAUACACCCUAAUCGAUACCAAUUUAUAAGCAAAUUGAUGGUUAAUAUAUACUGUAAAAUCUUAUGUUUUGUGAGGCUCAAUUUUCGUGGUUUUUCAAAAAAAAUGCUUAGAGUCUCUUGGUUUCAUGGAUAAACAUAGCUGAAAAAUUUUUUUUUACUUAUUUCAAGAAUUUGUGGACAUAUGAAUUUGGGAAUUAAGUCAACCAACCCAUGAAAUAAAUGAACAUUAAUCACUCAUCAGAUAUAAUGAGUUUACAGUGUAGUAUUAGAAGGAAUUGAUCAGUGUCAUCAUUGUCAUCAUUCCUGGAUCAAACACGAAAUAAGUUAGAACUUUUUAAUACAUUUAAAAAACAUUAUUAAUUGUAUUAAAGAUGUAAUAGUCAGUUUUUCGACAUUUUUUUAAGGCCAAAAGUUUACUAGAAGAAUGGCUGUGAGCCAGCAAUAGCUCAGUCGAUCAGUACUAUGGUCUGUGUAAUCUUGUGUGAAGAUUUGUGGUGUGUGGCUUGAUUCAUAUCUCUGACAGUUUGUGUAUUGCAGGAAGCUAAGGAACAGAAUGGUUUGCGCUGAUUUGGUUUUGUGCAAGGGCAAAACUCUUUAUCUUAAUUACUCAAGAUGGCAUGUAAUGGGCCUCCUGUAUGUUGUUCAGUGAGGUAGCCACCAGCUACUUACUACAAAGAAACCCUGCCUCAAAUUGACCCUGAUUUUUCCCAGGGCGAUAAAACUAACAAAUGAACUUAACAAGUUCUAUUGUGUUUGCAAGAGAUUGAAUAAAUUUUUUAGGAUUGUUGAUGUAAAUACACAUAUUGCAAAAAAAUAAUUGUACUCUAGUACAAGAACUCCAUAGAAUUGACUUUUUUGAAGUCUUUUGGCUAACAGAGAUUAAUCUCAAUUUUCAUAUUUUUCCAUUCCUUUUUUUUAGUUUAUACAAUUAUAUACAUAAAAUCUUGUAAAGUUGUAAUAAGUGAUCAAUAUGCCUAGUUAUUAUUAUAUUUCUUGGUAUGGGUAUGAUGUUUUAGUCCUCUUUCUUUGUGUGUCGGUUGUAAAUAUGACUGAGCCCAGGACUGUCUGUUUAAGAAGUUUAUUGGUGUGUGGACGUAGGGAUGUACGUCCUAGAGAUCGACUGUUUAAUACAAUUUCUUACCAGCUUUUAUAGAGAUGGACAAGGAAAAUCAAUGUUACAUCAUAUAAGAAAUUACAUGCACCACGCCAACAUGUUAGAUAUACUGAUAUAAGAUUGGAGUACUGAAUAAGGAUUACAUAUUUAGUAUCCAGGUAACAAGGUAAAUUUGACAUAAUGACCAAAGGCCACCAUGGUUGGCUAUAUGAAUGAACCCAGGUAACUGUUACUGUAAUGUGUUGUCAUAUGUAGAUGUCACCAUGGUUGGCUAUAUGAAUGAACCCAGGUACCUGUUAUUGUAAUGUGUUGUCAUAUGUGUGUGAAAAAGUUAUUCUGUUACAUUUGAA